UUCAAAAUAAAAUAUAUAGAAUCAGAAGAUACAAAGAAGCUUGGCUCGGCUUGUUUGUAGUGACUUCACAUAAUGUCCAUUUCUGUGUCUAUUUUGUUGACUCUUGAAUCUUGAUCGUCGUUGCAAUUGAAACCUUCCAAAUACCACUGUUACCAUGGCAAGUUCAUCAUCAGAUCAAGGUCCAACACCAUUAUCAUAUUUCAAGUAUGAUGUUUUUCUCAACUUUAGAGGUUUCACAAGGUUCGAUUUCACCGACACGCUCUAUCAUGCUUUGAUCAAAGCAAGAAUCGAGACCUUCAGGGAUAGCGAGGGGCUCAGAAUAGGGGAGGAGCUGCACGGUUCUCUUGUGGAAGCAAUUGAAAGAUCAAGGAUGUCAGUUCUUGUACUCUGUGAUAUGUAUCCAACUUCCAGGUGGCCCCUUGAUGAACUCGUCAAGAUCAUGGAGUGUUCGGAGAACGGAAAAACGCGACCAGUGUUACCAAUCUAUUUCCAUGUGCAAAGAUCAGAUGUGCAGUAUGAGAAGAAUAGUUAUAGAACAGCCAUGAUUGAUCAAGAAAAAGGAAGAUACAAGCACAGGGUGGAAGCAUGGAGGUCUGCCUUGUCUGCAGUUGGCAGCAUAUAUGGACAAAACAUCAGUCGACUUACUCCAUGGGGUACGGCUAUUGAGAAGAUUGUUGAAGAGGUCACAAAAAGACUUCCCCCCUUGCCUCUGCAUAUUGAUCGUCCACUUGGAUGUGAUUCUGAACUUAAACUGGUGGAAUUACUUUUAGAGAUUGGUUCUCAUGCUCCUUGUUUGAUGCUGGGAAUUCAUGGAGAUGGUGAUGAAAUAAGCAAAUUUGUUGCGGAGUUGUAUAACAAGAUUAGGCCUCACUUUGUAAUUGCAAGUUUUCUUUCUAAUAUCAGUGAGAAAACAAAUGAAAGUGGUGGUGGCCUAGAACAUCUACAAGAAACUCUUCUUUCUGAGAUGGGAGAGGUGGUCAAGACUAAGAUCGGAAGCACAUUCAAAGGAUCCUCUGAAAUAAAACGAAGACUGGGCCAGAAAAGAGUUCUUCUAGUUUUGGAUGAUGUUGACAGUAUACAACAACUGAAUUCACUAGCGGGAGGAACUGAUUGGUUUGGUCCCGGUAGUAGGAUCAUCAUAACAACAAGAUAUGAAGAUGUGCUAGAUGAUCAUGUGUCAAAUAAUGGUGUUGAGGUUAAGAGAUAUUACUUCACCGAAGGAAGUAGUUCUACUAUGAAGGAAAACAAUAUAGUGGGAUUGGAGAAAGAUUUUGAAGUUGUGAUUAAUCAACUCAAGGAAGCAAACUCUCCUGGUAAUGUUGUUUCCAUUGUUGGCAUGGGUGGGUUAGGAAAGACUACUCUUGCUCGAAAGAUUUUCGAUAGCAAUGAGGUGAAGAAGCUAUUCUCUUGCCGAGCAUGGGCAACUGUUUCCAAAGAUUUCAGAGGAAAGGAAGUUUUUAGAAGCCUUCUUAACUUAACAUCCAAAUCUAAACAUAAAGAUUCAAGUAGUGAAGAGGAGCUAAAGGAGAAGGUGAGGAAAUAUUUGAAUGGAAAAAAGUACUUGGUAGUCCUUGAUGAUGUUUGGGACACUAAUAACGCAUGGGGUGCUCUAAAGGGUUGUUUCCCUAAAAACAACAAUGGAAGCAUGAUACUACUAACUACCCGCGACGAUCGGGUGGCCAACGUUUCAGAGUCAAAGAAGCCUCAUCACAGGCUUUCCUUUUUGGAUAAAAAAGAAAGUUGGAAACUGUUUUGCAAUGAGGUAUUCUGCAGCAAAAAGUGUCCUCGGGAUCUAGAACCUAUUGGUAGAUCAAUUGCCCAAAGUUGCAAUGGUUUUCCAUUGGCUAUCAAAACCAUAGCGGGGAUUGUAGCGAAGAGGGAGAGAUCAGAAGAUGCAUGGGAAGAAAUCAAGAACCUGCUCCCUUACUGGUCUGUUGCUGAAGACAAGGAAGGUAAGAAGAUGAUGGAGAUAUUGAAGCUUAGCUACGAUGAUCUGUCUGAGAAAAUGAAGCCAUGCUUCCUAUAUCUUGGGGUGUUUCCUGAAGAUAUAGAGAUUCGGGUGAGAGAUUUAAUCGAAGUAUGGAUAGCAGAAAGGUUGAUAGAGCCAAUCCAGAGUGGAAGAUCAAAAGUAGCAGCAGAACCUGAAGAUAUUGGUGAGCAAUACUUGAAGGAACUAGUGGAUCGUAACUUGGUACAAGUGGCCAGUAGGAGGAGUGACGGGAAAGGCGUCAAAACUUGUAAGAUCCACGAUCUCAUUCGGGAAUUGUGUAUUUCAGUGAGUAACAGCCCUGAUAACGGUAACAAUAAUGCUCGUAGGUUGUCCUUUCCAAGGGAUAUAGGAUCCUAUGCAUGUUCAGUAACAUGUGAUCAAUCAUGCACUUAUUCCUUGUUCAUUUAUGGAGAUGUCAAGGGGUGGUCACAUCAUAUUCCAGAAGACUGUCGAGUUAAUGUGCUAUAUUUUGAAGGAUGGAUUGAUGAUCUAAGUCAACUAACUAAUGAAAAGAAUGUUGAGAAUUUGAAGGAGUUGAAAAGUGUCAAGUUCUUGAAAAUAGAUAUUUUUUACCCAAAUGAGCUAAGUAAGCUUCAGAGCAUACAAACAUUACAUAUAACGGACGAUGAAACUCCCAAGGACCUAAAUAUUGGGGGGUUAAAGCAACUGAGACAUUUUCGAAGAGAAUGUGAAGUGUGUUUAUUAGUAGAUAAAGAUGGGGUAAAAAACAAAAUGCAGAAUCUCCAAACCCUACUUUAUGUGCAUGUUGAUUCACGACUAGGGUUCUUACUCCACAAUGGCUACUUUCCCAACUUAAGAACACUCGGGUUAUCUGUAACUGAAGAAGGAAGACAUUCAGCAGAAAAAACUUUUAGUAGUUUACACUGCCUAAGCAAUCUACAGAAACUGAAAUUGGAGCUCCCGAUCUCUGAAUCAUUUCCAAUUCCAGUUGAUAAAAUUGCAUUUCCGUCAAAUCUUAGGAAGCUUACCAUCUCAUAUUUUGAUGGUUUGAAGUCCGAAGACAUGAAUGCAUUGGGACGAAUUCCCGGCCUUAAGAUUUUAAAAUUCAAUGAUGUUCGUUGUAUCGAAAAAAUUCUUAAUUGUGGUACUGAUAGGAGCUUUCUGCAGCUUCAAGUGUUUAUCAUGAUAUCUGUGCGUGUCAAAUGUCUUACCUUAGAAGAUGGUGCGAUGCCUUGCCUUCGACGUGCGGUCUUCCAUGGCUGCCCUGGCUUGGAGUUGAAGUACCUUCCUCAACAAAUGCGUUCCUUGGGUUGUAACUUGCAUUUUACGCCACAUGAUGAUAAUGAUGAUGAUGAUGAUGAUGCUGAUAGUGAUUUUGAUGAUGAUGAUGACGACGACGAUGAUGAAGAUGAAGAUGAUGAUAUCUUCAAGAUGAUGACGAUGAUGAUGAUCAUGAUGACGAUGAUGCUGAUGAUGAUUGAUUUCUCUGAUAUAUUGGAUGUCAAUGUUCCCGUUAGUUCUUAUAGUUUUAUCAAAUUUUCAAUUAUGUUUUUAUACUUUUUUUUUUUUUUAUCUUUUUUAAUUAGGUUCUUACACUGUUUUUAAUUUUAUAAUUAUGUU